GGCGAACGAAGAAUUCGAUUAUUUUAAACCCUUCAGUCAUAUCUGAGGCAUUGUUCGACGCGGGAAUCAGGAUUGCGAAGAUAUUGCGAUAUAUCUAUUCGUUCGCAAUUUUAUUUUGCCGUUGUACCAUCGAAGUAGUAUCCCAAAUGUCUUGUCAUCUAAACUCGUCAACGUUCAGAGAGUAAGCUAACCAAAGACUAUGUCGCAGUUCGUAUUAAAAUAACAGAACUAGAACUUGGAUACGAGGCAAACGUUAAGGUUGUAUACGAAUCACGAUUUGCUGUAUCACUUCUUGUUAAUAAAUACAUCGGUCUAAUCGAAAUUGUCUACAAAAUUGGUAAUGAAUUUUGUGCAGUGGAUAUACGCGCUUCUCUGCGUGGUCGGUGCCAUGCCACCGUCUUCUUGGACGUCUACGACGCAAAAGUCUUUGUACAAUGUUUAUUCACUAUUUUUGUUUUUCCUGAUACACAGCAACCUGAUAUCACAGGUAAUGGACAUUGUGUAUGUCGUCGAUAAUCAAGUCGAUUUCUGCGAGAAUUUCUACAUGACACUGGGGAUCUUCACUUCUUGUUGUAAAUUGUACUGUUUGUUGAGAAGUCGCGAUAACUAUGGGAUUAUUAUCAACACCAUGCGGUCGGAACCUCUGGUGCCGACCAACUCCGAUGAGGUCAAGAUUCAAUCGAAAUACGAAAAGUGGGCAAAAAGGAACUUGAUGAUCUACUUGACAUUAAUGGAAUCCUGUCUAGUAAUAAUGACUAUACAUUCGAUCUACGCAGAAUUCAAAAACAGAAAAUUAAUCAUGCGAAUCUGGUUACCCUUCGAUUUUAAUUCUCUACCGAGGUUCACUAUUGUUUUCAUUAUUCAAUUUAUAGUUAUGGCGAUCUGUUCGCUUGUUAAUGUUACCUGUGACAAUCUGUUCAUCGGCUUGUUGAUUCUCACGUACAGCAUUCUCGAGAUACUCGCGCAUCGGAUGAAAGAUGUCAUAAAGUAUGGUAACCGUUCGGCUAGACAGUGCGCUCGUCUCCAUAAUCAUAUAUACAGAUUCGCUACGACGAUAAAUGAAGAAUUCAAAAUGGUAACGCUUCUUCAAUUUCUGGUGAGCACGUUACUGUGUUGCUUCAAUCUCUAUCGUUUCACGAAAAACGAAGACCCAUCGAAACUAUAUGAAAUUAUGCUUUUCUCAUUCAAUACAUACCUGCACAUACUAUUUUUCUGUUGGUACGGGAACGAAGUCCGAGAGAAGAGUCUCACAAUGGCGGAAAUGGUUAUCGACACUGACUGGGCAAACUUGGACAACGACUCUAAGAUGAUUUUCUUAAUGAUUAUGAAACGCUCAGCAAUGCCUAUCGAAUUUUCUACUGCAAAUCUCGUGUCCAUAAACCUCGAGUCUUUCAAAACCAUAAUAAAAACGUCUUACUCGGCGUUCAACGUGCUGCGUCUGUUCAACGUCGAAAACCAGGACGAGUUCAGUGACAAUUUUUAUUUGACGCUGGGGAUCUUCGUUGCCUGUUGCAAAAUGUAUAAUCUUCUAACGAGUCACAAGAGUUACGUAAUUUUGAUCGACAACCUCCAAGAGGAGCCUCUGAAGCCGGUCAACAGCGACGAAGUCGAGAUUCAAAUGAAAUUCGAGAAGUGGGCAAAAAGGAACAUAAUCGCCUACACAAUAGCAAUGGAGAGCUGCCUAGUAUUCAUGUACGCAUCGACGAUUACCAAAGAUUUCAAAGCGAAAAGAUUACCUUACCGAGCCUGGAUACCCUACGACUACUCAUCUUUAUUUCUAUUUUCCAUUACGUAUAUUCAUCAAGCGCUAAGUAUGACGAUCUGCACGAUUUUAGACAUCGCCUGCGACAAUCUAUUCAGCGGCUUGCUGAUCCAUAUAUACUGCGUUUUCGAGAUACUUGGAUAUCGUCUGAGAAAUAUAAUGAAAUAUGGAAAGGAUUCGGCUAAACAAUGCGCUCGUCUUCAUAAUCAUAUAUACAAAUUCGCCACAAAAGUGAACGGGGUGUACAAGAUGAUAAUGCUUGUUCAGUUUCUGGCGACCAUUGCGACAAUGUGCCUCGAAAUUUAUCAACUGACCCAAAAGGAAGUGGACACGAAGUACGCAGUAAUGGUUACCUACACGAGCUGCGCGCUUAUGCAGAUAUUGUACUACUGUUGGUAUGGGAACGAAGUCCGACUGAAGAGUCUCGCGACUUCCGACAUGGUGAUGGAAUGCAAUUUGGAGUGUUUGGAUAGCGACGCUAAGAAGAUUCUUCUAAUGAUGAUGAAACGUGCAACGAUGCCUAUCGAAUUCACUAGCAUCUACGCUGUGGAGAUGAACCUCGCGUCUUUCAUGAGAGUCAGUACAAAAUAUACUAUAAAGUUCCUUAAAUCUCAAACUUAUGGCAGUCUUCAUGGCUGGCACUUGAAAAUCGAGCAAUCGCCACAAUUCGCCACAAAGGUAAACGAAGAAUUUCGAGCGUUGGUAUUUGUUCAAUUUUCUACAAGCAUACUCUUGUGUUGUAUGAACCUUUAUCGACUUACGCAAACCGACCUGGAUUCAAAAUUUAUCGAAGUAAUACUUUUCUCAAUCUGCACUUUUAUGCAGUUACUGUACUACUGUUGGUAUGGGAACGAAGUCAAGUUGAAGAGUCUCGAAAUUCCUGAUGUAAUAAUGGAAAGUAACUGGCAAUUUUUGGACAUCGAGUCUAAGAAGAUUCUUUUAAUGAUAAUGCAACGCGCUACGGUGCCCAUCGAACUAUCCUGCGUGCACAUCAUCCCCGUGAAUAUCGAAUCUUUCAAGGCCAUAGUGAAAGCAUCUUACUCGGUGUAUAACGUCCUCCGAAGAGAUUGAGAAAUCUAGAAGAGAUGAGCAUUAUUUUUUUAAGAAAGGAUGUAGAUAAAGGUUUCCUA